AUGUCUUGCUCUUAUACCGGCGAUGUUCCGCCACCUCCACCCCGGCCUCUUGUCGAGAAGGCAUCAACUCCGCCUCCAGCCCCACCGCCGCCAAUCGUGCCCCCGACAGGAUCCCCUGAAGCUUUCUUGGUCGAAUCACUGAUCUAUAAUGGCUCGCCAUUCAAAGACCACUGGGCAUACUUUGUACGCUCUCGCGCCGAUGAUGAUAUCGGUGUCAAGAUCCACGCGACCGGUGAUGUGCGUAAUGGCUUCAAAGUCGAGGUCAAACGCAGUCAUGACCUCACAAACACUUCAGAUAUCCCUACGAAAAGAGUUCCGCUGCAGUGGGUUGAUGUUCAGCACUUUGACGAAAACGCGAUGCUCAAUAGGGGAGUGGAAGAGAUUGAUGAGAGGCCUGUUUGCGGUUUCGAGGCCACUGCGUACAAGGCAAAGGCUCCCGGGAAGACUUGGAAUGCAGCUAAAGACAAGGAUACGUCUGGCAAAAAGGUUACCGUUAAGGACUGCCAAGCAUGGCUGCGGGCUACCUUGUUUGAAGAUCGCAUGUUCAGUCAUGAAGUUACUGUUUACCUACACGCGAUUGAACAGUGA